AAAUAAUAGUACAAUAUUUUCAUUUCAAAUAAGGCUACUGUUUUUACAGAAGAAUUCAAGUAUCAGAUCUUACUUGACCUGGGUUAUGUUCUGAGGAACAUACAAGAAAUAAUAACAUUUAUGAGAAAUUACACACACAAUCAGAUAAUUUAUGCUGGGCUUUAACGCAAUAAUACAAAAGCUGGUGGCAAAGGUGAAUUACCUUCUUCAGUGGAUGAAUGCUCGUAAUUUAUUUAAGAUGCCCUUUGUGUAUGUCACCAGACUAAGCCCUUUUUUCUCCUAAACCUAUCAAAGCGGUCAGUGCUCAUGCGAGAUUUUUCAGGCUUAUUUUUUGCCUUCUUAGACUUCUCAAGUCGACUAUCUAAACUGUUUCUAGACAUUUCUGGAAGGUCAGACCCCAAUUGAAAACUAUCUGUAGUUUCCCUUUCAGAUGGUUUGCUCUGACUGUCUGAAUCUACUGUUGUCUUUUUAGAACCAUUUGCAGCUUCUUUUGACUUGCCAAGUGAUUGUACAAAUUUUUUCAAAUGUCUGAUGAAUUGUGGAUAAAGCUCGAGAUUGCAGUGUCCUCCUCCACUUACCCAUAAGGGUUCAUACUUGUGCUUGCAAAGUUCCCAAAGCUGCUUUCCAUGGGAACAAUCAACAACUUCAUCUUCUGUCCCCUGAAAAUGAAACCAAAUUGAUUUGGUUACCAAAAUUUACAUCUAAACAAUUUGAAAUAGCUUUGUCUCCCUUUGAUCUCACCUGAAAGCUUUGCCAUCCAAUUCCCAGGAUCUUGCAAACCCCAAUCAAGAGGUGUGGGGAUAAUGCAUAGAUUCUAUGGCUUAUUUCUAGUUCUGAUGUGAUUGUUAGAAAAUCACAGAGGACAAGUUAAAUCUAUUUCUCCUUAUUAAGGGAAAGAUUUGCUUUUCAAAAACCCAAACUAAUUUCUAGCAAAAUGAUUGAUUGAAGCUUUCUUUUGGAUUUCCUAGAGUAUGAUUGGCUAUCUAUCACUUUCAUGCAAUAAAUUCCAAUUAAUAAGCACAAGAAAGAACAAUUGUUGAAAUAAAGAUUGUUCACAGUC